AUGACGUGUGGUUUGGCCGUGAAAAGACCUCACGAUUAUGAAGCCUACCUGAGUCCUGAAGCCGGAGUAGAAUUGAAGCGACCUCGUCCCACUCAUUGCUCUCCCUUCCGCCCUCAGCUCGGCACUCUUGCUGCCAACCUACCUCAAACAAGUGGACCGGUGGAGGAAACCGACAACAGUGCCUCGCCUUUUUCUUCCGUUCGCUCAUCAUCGCAUUUAUCGAGUAAUCAGUUGGAGGACUAUCUUCGCACUGAAAUUCGGUACCUGAAGCGUCGGAAGUUGAUUCCGCGGCGCGCUGGAGAGGGGCCAUCGACGGGACCCUCACCACAGGACUAUCGCAGAGGUGCUUCUUCUCCGUCUUCUUCUCACGUAAGUAUUUUAUUUUGUUUCUGCAUUUAGAAAUUGCUAUAAAUUCCGGGAAUAUUUGGUGACAGUGUGGUUCAUUUCAGAGUGGCAGUGAUUCGGAAGGAGAACAGUCAGCCAGCACCCGUUCUCCAUGCUCAUCCGUCGAUAUCAAGAAGGAAUUGUAUGAAAAGCCAGCUUUCUCUCUGAACCAGGUCAAACUGAUCUGUGAUCGUUUGUUGAAAGAGCAGGAAAUGCGUCUUCGCCAUGAAUAUGAGACUGUUUUGAACCGCAAGUUGGAUGAGAAGCACCAGGAAUACGUGCAAUUCGCCAAAGAGCAAUUGGAGCGUCAUUCUCCAGUCGACCUUUCAUGUAAGUUAUAGUCUAAGGUUUCAACCAAGUUAAACAAUAUUCUAAUCAAUGGGUUACAGAUCUUUCCUGA